CAGGGAUGUCCCAAGUACUUUAACCUUUUUAUUUUCUUUUCUCUGUCCGUCCUUUUUCGCCCUUAGUUCUGUCCUUCAAAACCCUAAACCCUCUUCAUUUCUUUUCUCUACUCUUUCGGUUCUUUCUUCUUUCUUGGUUUUUUUUUUUCAUUUUUUUAAACAAUGUCUAUUAACAACAGUAAAACAGAAGUAAAGAGGUUGUUUAUAGGGGCUGGUUGCAACAGAAUAGUGAACAACGUUUCAUGGGGUGCUUCUGAUUUGGUCUCCUUUGGUGCCCAAAACGCCGUUGUUAUUUUCUGUCCCAAGUCUGCUCAGAUCUUGACUACACUUCCGGGUCAUAAGGCAGUUGUUAAUUGCACUCAUUGGCUUCCAAGUAAUAAGUUUGCAUUCAAAGCUAAACAAUUAGAGCGGCAUUAUCUACUAUCUGGAGAUGCUGAUGGUGUUAUUAUCCUAUGGGAACUUUCUCUUGCUGACAAUAAGUGGAGGCAUGUUUUACAAUUGCCAAAAUCACAUAAGAAGGGCGUAACAUGCAUUACUGGAUUUAUGGUUUCUCAAACUGAUGCAAUAUUUGCUACAUCUUCUUCUGAUGGCACCGUUUUCAUAUGGGAUGUUGUGUUUCCAACUUCUUCUGGCUGUGAAUGUAAAUUAUCAUGUCUGGAAACUCUAGUUGUUGGCUCAAGACCAAUGGUAACACUUUCACUUGUGCAACUGCCUGGAAAUACGGGGCUUAUAGCCCUGGCAAUGGGAGGAUUGGAUAACAAGAUUUAUCUUUAUUGUGGGGAGAGGACCGGAAAGUUCGUACGCGCAUGUGAACUAAAAGGGCAUACGGAUUGGAUCAGGAGUUUAGACUUCUCGUUACCUAUAUUCAGUGGUGAAGUCGAUAGUGUUCUACUUGUAAGUUCAUCUCAGGACAAAGGUAUACGCAUAUGGAAGUUGACUCUCCGAGGUUCUCUAGCCAAUAUAGAGGGUACAUAUAAAAGAGGUGAAAUAGGUCUGGCAUCUUACAUUGAAGGUCCUGUUUUUGUCGCUGGCUCAUUCUCUUACCAAAUAUCUUUGGAAUCUCUUCUGAUUGGACAUGAGGAUUGGGUAUAUUCGGUACAGUGGCAACCACCUUCACUGGCAGCUGAGGAAGAUAUUGGCUUCUAUCAACCCCAAAGCAUUUUGUCUGCAUCAAUGGAUAAGACUAUGAUGAUCUGGCAACCUGAGAGGAAAACUGGUAUUUGGAUGAAUGUGGUCACUGUUGGGGAAUUAAGUCAUUGUGCUUUAGGCUUUUAUGGUGGUCAUUGGAGCCCAGAUGCACGUUCUAUCUUGGCACACGGGUAUGGUGGCUCAUUCCAUAUGUGGAAAAAUAUUGGUGUUAGCUCAGAUAAUUGGCAACCACAGAAAGUACCUUCUGGGCAUUUUGCAGCAGUGACAGAUAUUGCUUGGGCAAGGUGUGGUGAGUACCUGCUGUCAGUAAGUCAUGAUCAGACAACUCGUAUUUUUGCUUCAUGGCACAAUCGAGAUCCUCAGAGUGAUGGGGACUCCUGGAAUGAAAUUGCCCGACCUCAAGUACAUGGGCAUGAUAUUAAUUGUGCAACUGUCAUUCAAGGAAAAGGGAACCAUCGUUUUGUCAGUGGAGCAGAGGAGAAAGUUGCCAGAGUGUUUGAAGCCCCUUUAUCCUUCUUAAAGACACUGCAUUAUGCUACGUCAGAACAGUCAAGUUUUCCUGAAGAUGGCCAAGCAGAUGUUCAGGUCUUGGGUGCCAAUAUGUCUGCUCUUGGUCUAUCACAGAAACCUAUAUAUGUAAAUGCAACUCAUGAGAUCCAAGAGAAUCUUGGAAAUGAUGGUCUUGACACUCUUGAAUCUGUUCCUGAUGCUGUUCCAGUCGCUUUAACUGAACCUCCUAUUGAGGAUCAACUUGCAUGGCAUACACUAUGGCCAGAAUCACACAAACUCUAUGGACAUGGAAAUGAACUGUUUUCCUUAUGCUGUGAUCAUGAGGGAAAGCUUGUUGCUUCAUCAUGUAAGGCCCAAUCAGCAACAGUAGCAGAAAUAUGGUUAUGGCAAGUGGGUUCAUGGAAAGCUGUUGGUCGCUUGCAGUCUCACAGCUUAACAGUCACGCAGAUGGAGUUCUCUCAUGAUGACAACCUUCUUUUGGCAGUCUCAAGGGAUCGCCAGUUCUCCAUUUUCAAAAUCAAUAGAGCAGGCAAUGAUGAAAUUGAUUACAAGCUUGUAGCUCGGCAGGAGGCUCAUAAAAGAAUAAUAUGGGCAUGUUCGUGGAACCCUUUUGGUCAUGAAUUUGUGACAGGUUCUAGGGACAAGACAGUGAAGAUCUGGGGUGUGGAGAAAACAUCUUCGGUUAAGCCACUUUUAACUUUACCGCAGUUCGACAGUAGUGUCACUGCCCUGUCUUGGGUUGGUCUUGACCGACAAAGAAAUGAUGGGCUUCUUGCAGUGGGAAUGGAGAGUGGACUCCUUCAAAUUUGGAGCCUUCAUGUUGAAAGAAGUGAUGAUAGCAUUCCAACACCAGGUGUGGCCACUGCUCAGAUCAUACGGCUUGAUCCUUUCAUGUGUCAUGUUUCUGCAGUUAACCGUUUGGCGUGGAAGAACCCUGAGAACAAUGAAAAUAGCGCAAACCUGCAGCUUGCUUCUUGCGGAGCUGAUCAUUGUGUGAGGUUGUAUGAGGUAAUCGUUCACUAAUCUGAUUAACUACGGUGUACCAUAACCAUUUUUUUCCCCUCAAAUAAAAUACAACUCGUUUUCCUUGGA